AUGUCUGCUCCCGCCAAAAUCAUCCAAGACGAGAGAAAUCCUCGUGGUAUACCGAAAGCCUUGUUCAUUAGCGAUGUCGAGGAAUAUCUUUCCAGCUCCGGAGCAGACGCUGAGAAGGUUUUGAGCGCGUUCCAAGACGCUAUGGCCAAGUAUCGCUACAUGGACGGAAAUUUGAACCAACGAAGGCGGAGUUUGGAGGACAAGGUCCCGGACAUCAAGAAAACGUUGAGCAUGGUUGAAUAUUUGCGCGACCGACGAGAAGGCAAGAAGCCCGCAUCCGGGGACGAAGAUGAUCUCGAAGAUGACCUCGAGGACGACGCCGAACCCAAGCCUUUGGUGACAACGUUUGAGCUAGCCGAUACUCUGUACGCCGAAGCUGAGCUGGAGGACUCAGAUACUGUUCACUUAUGGCUCGGAGCGAAUGUCAUGCUCUCGUAUACACUUCAAGAAGCCGUCGAACUAUUAACAUCUAAGCUGGCAACCGCGCAGACAAGCUUGGACAACACGAUCGAGGAUCUGGAAUUCUUGCGCGAGCAGCUCACGAUCAUGGAGGUCAACACUGCACGGGUGUACAAUUGGGACGUGAAGCGUAGGAGAGACUUGCGAGAGCGAGAACGGUUGGAAGCUGAGAAGGAGAAGGAGAAGUGA